UCCAAGCAGUGAGCAGCGUGUUUGGUUUGUCCCAAAGGAUAAGUAUUGCUAGAACUAUUCCAUAACAGCAGGAUAAACAAGAAUUCAGUGGUUUGGUUAUUCAUCUAAAAAGUAGUGAACAAUGACGCAAGGAAAAAUGGGUUUAACGAAGCAGUACCUCGCGUAUAAACCAGUGUCCAGCUUCAACAUAAUAGCGAGUAGCAGAGCAAACAUUUCCUUCAUCUCGGUCAAUAACGUCGAUGGUCGUUAUGUUGUGGUGGCCGCCGCGGAAAAGGUUAUCGUGUGGAACAUGAGAAUCGGCGAGAAGGUGGCUGAGUUUACCCGUGACAAACAGGAAGUCACUUUCCUUCGUGCUAGUCCGGAUCACAAGCAUCUGGCGGUAGGCUACUCGGAUGGUGUGGUGGAGAUGUUCAGCUUUGAAAGUAAGCAAUCCGUUUGUAGUUUCGCCGCCCAUCGUUCAGCGGUGAGUGCGUUAAACUUCGACCUACUCGGCUUGAAGCUCGCUUCUGGCGGCUUAGAUAACGAUGUCGUCGUGUCGGACGUGGUGGCACAAACCGGCAAAUGUCGGCUUACCGGCCACUCGGCACCAAUAACACAGGUGUGUUUUAUGCAGCGUUAUCAUGAUGUGAUUGUGACCAGCUCGAAGGACACACAAAUUAAAUUUUGGAACGUCGAAACACACUGCUGCUUCAAAACCAUCGUUGACCAUCGAACGGAAGUGUGGGGUAUAGUGCUAAUGCGCAACGAUGAUUUCCUCGUGUGCGGUAGUGCCGAUACACAGUUGUCGGUGUACAGGAUUGCGCCCAACACGGAUGAGUCGAAACCGAUCCAAGCAACCGAGGACCAACUGCUUGUGGAAGAAAGCACCGUAAGUCCUUUCCGAUGCACAGCAAUCGGAAGCAUUCAGCGGGCCGGCUACGGGCGUACGAUAAACCUAGUGGCAGACGGAAACGGACAAGUGCUUGGAUGCCAUGGAACGGAUAAACAGAUUGAACUUUUCUAUUUCGCUCCGGUGGAUGAAGCCGUUAAGAAACUUACGAAGCGAAUGAAAAAACUCAACGCAAAGAAAUUCAACGAAACUGAAACGCAGCCGGAGGUAGAUGUUAGGCAACUAUCAUUGACGGAUGAAAUUAAGCGUCUUUCACCAAUCCUCACAUCGGACAAAGUUAAAUCAUUCGAUCUGCUUCUUGGCAGCCGAAGCGAGCUUCGCAUCUGUUGUACGUUCCUGAAGAACUUUAUCGAGCUGUUCUCACUCGAUAUGGACGUUAAAAAGGCGGAACCCGUUUCACUGCACUCCAUACACAAGCAAGGUCAUCCGUCGGAGGCACGAACCGUUUCAUUCAGCUCAGACAAUCUGGCCAUCGCUUCGGGUAGUGCAGAGUCGCUAAAGCUUUGGAAUCGUUCCUCGCAGACCGUGCUACGAACCAUCGACACGAGCGGAUACGUUGUGAGUACCUGUUUCGUGCCGGGCGAUCGACACGUGCUUGUAGGUCUCAAGAGCGGCGAGCUACUGAUCGUGGACAUUGUAGCAGGCGAAGAACUGGAACGAAUCGAAGCGCACGAGAAGGAGGUCUGGAGCAUUGUACUGACACCAGAUAUGCACGGUUGCGUGACGGGCGGAGGGGAUAUGACGGUAAAAUUCUGGUCCUUCGAGCUGAUCGCCAAUCCGGAACGGCCAGACUUGAAAGUCCUUUCUCUGCUGCAUAAAAACACUCUCAAACUGGAAGAAACGGUUCUGUGCGUGAGGAUAUCGUCGAAUGGAAAGUACAUAGCCGUUGCCCUGCUCGACACUACGGUGAAGAUUUUCUUUCUGGACAGCCUCAAAUUCUACCUCUCGCUCUACGGGCACAAGCUGCCCGUACUGACGAUGGACAUUUCGUACGAUUCAUCCCUUAUUGUCACGGGUUCGGCUGACCGAACGAUUAAAAUUUGGGGCAUGGACUUUGGCGACUGUCAUCGGUCGUUGUUGGCACACGAUAAUACCGUGACGGCGCUGCAGUUUAUUCCCAACACACACAUGUUCUUCUCCUGCGGCAAGGACGGCAAACUGAAACAAUGGGACGCUGACAAUUUCCAAAAGAUCGUCACCCUUCCGGGGCAUCUCGGAGAAGCGCACGCGUUGGCCAUCAGUCCGAACGGCAAGUACGUCGUUAGUUGUGGCUCGGACCGAACCCUGCGUCUUUUCCAUCGCACCGAUGAACCACUGGUACUGCAGGACGUUCAGGAGGAGGAACGUGAGGAGCUUGAAAAUGCCACCCUUGCAACGGGCGAGGAAUCAGCUGUUCCGGGGUUGCCUGGUUUGCAGCUUCCCUCCAAGAAAACGAUUGGCUCGGAAAAAGGCGCAGAAAACAUUCUCGAAUGUUUGGAGGUUAGCAAACAGUACGAGGAGGAGGGAGCUAAGGGACCACUUCCGCCGCUUAUGUUUGCCUAUUCGGCCACCAACACGGAUGACUUCCUGCUGACCGUUCUAUCGCGCAUUCGUGCCAGCGACCUGGAAGAAUCCCUUCUGCUCCUGCCUUUCGCAGCUGUCUGUGAGCUGCUGGAACGGAUACCGAAACUAACGAUCACUCGCAAGGACCAAACGGAACUGAUCUGCAAGGUGGUUCUGUUUUUGUUCCGCGUGCAUCAGAAACCGAUUGUCAGCAAUCAGGUGUUACUGCCUGUGAUACAGAAGAUUAUUCACACACUACAAGAGGCAAUCUGUGAGUUGCGCGAUAUGAUUGGUAUGAAUUUCCACGCCUCUCAGAUGCUCCAGCGGGAACUGGAAGAAAAUGAUGGCUGCGUGCUGUUCCGUGAUGCAACCAAGUUACGUGUACAGCGUGAUCGUCGCCGCAAACGACGAGAAGCUUCCAAAAGGAUCCUUGUUAAUAUAACAAAAUAGGUCGAGUCCAUCCAUCACACGGAACUUUAAA